CACUGCCGCCGGUGCGGGUGCUGCAUUCGGUGCAGGAGCAGCAAUGGGAGCGGGCACAGCACCACCCAUAAUCCCACCCAAACACGCCAAGCGCUACUCCCAAACCUCCUUCGACAACACGCCUGGAAGUCCCAUUUCGACGUCCGGUGGGAGUCUCCAACCUGGACGUGGGUCUCCGCCUCUUGAUCAUCUUGGUCCUGCUGCGGUUGGUGCUGCAGGCAUCGGUGGUGGGUUGGCAGUUACGAACCCGGAUGUGGGGAUGGGGAGGUAUGAUUCUCAGUCUUCAGAGUCUGGAUCUGGGUCCUCACAGUCGCACUCGCGUCAUCCAUCGGAGAUGUCUACACCCACCGGCACCGGCUCUGGGAGCUACAACGCCCCAUACGCACACGAACCCGAACAAUACGUGCCGCCCCUUCGGCCCUCUGUCCCCGGCGUUGGGCCGGCUGCGGCAUUGGGUGGUGGUAUGACUGGGUUGGCGAUGCAGCAGGCGCGUGGGUAUCCCCCGUCCGCGGCACAACACGUUCAGAGAGGGAGGGGGAGAGCUGUGCCGUCUGGUACUGGGGCGAGGGGUGGGUAUGGGCCGCCCCCUAGGAGGGGGACGGGCGGGCCUGGUGGGAUUUCGACGAAUUUCUAAGCGUGCUUGUCCUUGUUGUCGAAGUGUCAGCACCGUGGCGAAGGUAAAAUAAUAUCUAGUGGUCGAGGAUAUUUUGAGGAUUUCGUUUUGCAUACGAUAUUGGUUACGAUCGUUUGGCAGGGUUAGGACGUUCUUUGUAUACGCUCUUUUUUGUGACAUUAAUUCUAUGAGUAUGGGUGGGGGAUGGGAGUAUGUCAGGCU